CUUACUUGCACCUAUUUUAUUUUUGUAUAUAAGUUGGGAAACCAAUACUCAUUUUCAGAACAUAACGCACAAUGUCUCCGAUAAUUUGGUUAUUGCCGAUUGUCGCAUCUUGUUUAGGUGCUCCGGAAAACAGAACAGAGAUUCCCGAUGGAAAAAUCGUAGGAGGGCGCUCAGCUAAUAUUUUGGAGUAUCCAUAUCAACUAUCUUUACAAUAUCACGGAAAACACAUUUGCGGUGCUUCAAUUAUUGGUGAAAGAUGGGCUGUAACAGCGGCACAUUGCACUUACGGUAUGAAAGCUUCUGAUUUGUCUGUUAGAAGUGGAUCUUCCUACCGUGAAUAUGGUGGACAAGUAGUUAAAGUGGCUAUGAUUUUCCAAAAUUCUAAAUUUGAUUACUCAUUGCUCGACUCUGACAUUUCUAUACUGUUGCUGCAAACUGAGAUCAGAUUAGGGCCGGGCAGUGCAAUAAUUAGGCUUAUUGAUGACAAUGCGCACAUACCGGAAGGUUCCACAGCAACUAUUACAGGUUGGGGUACCUUGCAAGAGGGUGGUUCAUUGCCAGGCGUACUUCAGGUAGUCCAUGUACCGAUAGUGGACCACCAUCUGUGUAACAUGUUGUAUGGUAGACUUACUGAUAACAUGAUCUGCGCUGGUUUUAUGGAAGGUGGAAGAGAUGCUUGUCAAGGAGAUUCUGGAGGCCCUCUUGUGGUAAAUGGUGUUCUUGCUGGUAUCGUUUCAUUUGGAGAAGGAUGCGCUGAAGCAUAUAAGCCAGGUGUAUACACUAAUCUUUCUGCAAUGAGAGGAUAUAUUAGGAGAAUUACUGGAAUAUAGAAACACAUUGUUAUUUUUAUAGAAAAUAAAUAUAUUA